GCGGCCGUCGGCGGACGCGGGAAGAAGUGUCUUGUAGGCGCGGCGCCCCACUCAGCCCCGGCCCCCCUCGUCCGCGUACUCGGCUGAUGCCUCAGGGCGUCAGCUCGGCGGAGAGGCGGUCGAGGCGUGCGCCUGGCUAGCAGUUGGCUUUCCCCGUGACUCGGACACGUUUGCAGUCGAAUAAACUUGCGACCGCCACGUGUGGCAUCUCUCCAAGGAACCGGCUCAGGAGGAGGGCGCGCCCAUCGUGGGAUCGCGCGGGGCGCCGGGCAGGGCGGCGGCGACAGCGGCGGAGCCGGCCGCGGCUGCUGCGUGCGGAGGCGCUGCCGGUUACGUAAAGAUGAGGGGCUGAGGUCGCCUCGGCGCUCCCGCGAGUCGCAAGCUCCCGCGCCCCCGCCCCCUCGGCCGCGCCGCACCGCGCUCGUCGUCCGAGACCAGGGCAGGGCUAGCCGAAGCUCCGCAGCCACCGUCAAGUUUGGCCGCACCGCCCGGGCUGCCGUCGCCCGCACCAUGUCCGCGGCCGCCUACAUGGACUUCGUGGCUGCCCAGUGUCUGGUUUCCAUCUCCAACCGCGCCGCCGUGCCGGAGCACGGGGGCGCUCCGGACGCCGAGCGACUGCGACUACCUGAGCGCGAGGUGACCAAGGAACACGGUGACCCGGGGGACACCUGGAAGGAUUAUUGCACACUGGUCACCAUCGCCAAGAGCUUGUUGGACCUGAACAAAUACCGACCCAUCCAGACCCCCUCGGUGUGCAGCGACAGUCUGGAGAGUCCCGAUGAGGAUAUAGGAUCCGACAGCGACGUGACCACCGAAUCUGGGUCGAGUCCUUCCCACAGCCCGGAGGAGAGACAGGAUUCUGGCAGCGCGCCCAGCCCGCUCUCCCUCCUCCACUCUGGAGUGGCUUCGAAGGGGAAACACGCCUCCGAAAAGAGGCACAAGUGCCCCUACAGUGGCUGUGGGAAAGUCUAUGGAAAAUCCUCCCAUCUUAAAGCCCAUUACAGAGUGCAUACAGGUGAACGGCCCUUCCCCUGCACGUGGCCAGACUGCCUUAAAAAGUUCUCGCGCUCGGACGAGCUGACCCGCCACUACCGGACCCACACUGGCGAGAAGCAGUUCCGCUGUCCGCUGUGUGAGAAGAGAUUCAUGAGGAGUGACCACCUCACCAAGCAUGCCCGGCGCCACACCGAGUUCCACCCCAGCAUGAUCAAGAGAUCAAAAAAGGCUCUUGCCAGCCCCUUGUGAGGUGCUCCCCAUAUGGCAACCAGGCAGAGAUGGUCCCCGGAAGGACAGAGCUCCCAGGAAACAGACGGACACAUGGAUAUCUGCCACCGCAGAGGCGUGCUGGCCACAGGAGGUCACUGCUCUUUGGUCAAUAUUCUGACACUCUCCCUGCGCUGUUUCCAAAAAGCACACGGUAGCCCAAGAUCAAAGUCAACAUUUGGUCCCCUUGCAGAGGCCACUCUGAACCGUCUCUGACUGUUGGAGGGCAGGCAAAUAAAUGCUUUUGGUAUUUUCUCCUUUGUUUUGGGGGGUGGGGGGAGGGGGCAAGGCCAAGACUUGGGGUAGGAUUUUUGAAGAUUCAGGCUGGUGUACAUACGUCUGACUGGGUGAGUUGACCCCUGGCCUCCCACAGUGACUCUGGAUCCUUGAUGCUUGCUGACUCUCAGAAUUGUUUUUCUUCUCUUUCAAUGUCACGACCAGUGUGCUUCAGCUUGUUUAGCAGAGCCACUCUCGAAUCACGUUAACUUUUGAGAUUUAAAAAACAAAACAAAACAACAAAAAAAAAACCCCUCCAUAGCACAGCUGUCUUUUAUGCAAGCAAGAGCACACCUACUCCAGCAUGAUCUGUCAUCUAAAGACUUCAAAACAAAACAAAACAAAAAAAAAGUUACUUAUAGUCAGUGGAUAAGCAGAGUCCGAAUUUACACUAAUCAAGACAGACCUUCGAGGGGUCAUAAGUCCGGAACUUUCAAACCUUGCUUCGUAUGAAUCGUACUAUCUGAACAUAAACUGCACUUUUAUUUUCUAAUACUGAGGGUGAAUACGGUAAAUCCAUGCCUUGAGGGUAGAAGCCGACAUUCUGUUUGGCACACGUUAUUAUCUGCUUAUUUUCCAGUAUACACAUUUCCCUGAGAACCCAUGGCAGAGAUGUGAGGGCAGAAUGUAUGGAAACAUGCUGAGGAGGGGAAGGAGGAGGGGAGUGCUUUAAAGAUACAAAAAAAAA